AAAAACGCUCUGGUAUGUGCGUGUGUGUGUGAGUGAGAGUGUGUGAGUGAGAGAGAAUCGGCUCCAGAAACCCAAGCGAGCGAGUGAGGCGGUCACUGAGACGUGAGAGAGGGAGAGGGGCGAUCUAUCAGUACAACAUGGCUACAAUUCCAACCUCGACGAGGUUUACGGACGAAUACCAGCUUUAUGAAGAGCUCGGAAAGGGUGCCUUUUCUGUCGUCCGGCGAUGUGUGAAGAAAUCAACCGGGCAGGAAUAUGCUGCUAAAAUUAUCAACACAAAGAAGCUGACGGCGAGAGAUCACCAGAAAUUGGAGCGAGAAGCUCGGAUCUGCCGUCUGCUCAAACACCCCAACAUAGUGCGACUCCAUGACAGUAUCUCAGAGGAAGGUUUUCAUUACCUUGUCUUUGACCUUGUCACUGGCGGAGAGCUUUUUGAAGACAUUGUUGCUAGAGAGUAUUAUAGUGAAGCUGACGCAAGUCACUGCAUUAAUCAGAUCCUGGAGAGCGUGAGCCACAUUCACCAGCAUGACAUUGUGCACAGGGACUUGAAGCCGGAGAACUUGCUGUUGGCCAGUAAGAUGAAGGGUGCAGCAGUAAAGCUGGCUGACUUUGGCCUGGCCAUUGAGGUGCAGGGAGACCAGCAAGCCUGGUUUGGUUUUGCUGGUACUCCUGGCUAUCUCUCACCCGAGGUUCUGAGGAAGGACCCGUAUGGCAAGCCUGUGGACAUCUGGGCGUGCGGUGUGAUCCUGUACAUCUUGCUGGUGGGCUAUCCACCGUUCUGGGAUGAGGACCAACACAAACUCUACCAGCAGAUCAAGGCAGGAGCUUAUGACUUUCCCUCUCCCGAGUGGGACACAGUUACUCCAGAAGCCAAAAACCUCAUCAACCAGAUGCUGACCAUAAACCCAGCUAAGAGGAUAACUGCUGACCAGGCCCUCAAGCACCCAUGGGUCUGCCAACGCUCCACUGUGGCUUCCAUGAUGCAUCGCCAAGAGACUGUUGAGUGUCUGCGCAAAUUCAAUGCCAGGAGAAAACUGAAGGGGGCCAUUCUGACUACCAUGCUUGUGUCUAGAAACUUCUCUGUGGGCCGGCAGCACACGAGCCCCGCCGCCCCCACCACCAGCACGGCUGCGCUGGCACAGGAAGCAUGCAAAAGUUUACUGAACAAAAAGUCUGAUGGAGUGAAGAAAAGGAAGUCAAGCUCCAGUGUUUGUUUGAUGCCACAGACAAACAACAAUAAAAACAGUGUAGUAAGCAGCAGCACCAAAGACAGCAGCAUAUCAUCCACAGCACCAAUGGAACCACAGACCACUGUCGUGCACAACCCAGCCGACGGCGUCAAGGGGUCCAUGGAGAGUUGUAACACUACAGAAGAGGAGGACAUGAAAGGUAGGAAAGUCGACGCGGUUAACAGUGCACUGCUCAGUGAGUCACUUCCUGCCCUGAUCCCACCACCCACGCGCAAGCAGGAAAUUAUCAAAAUUACUGAACAGCUGAUUGAAGCCAUCAACAAUGGAGACUUUGAGGCCUAUACGAGAAUCUGUGACCCUGGUCUAACCUCCUUUGAGCCUGAAGCAUUGGGCAACCUAGUGGAAGGCAUGGACUUCCACAAGUUCUACUUUGAGAACCUCUUGAGUAAGAAUAGUAAGCCGGUGCACACCACCAUCUUAAAUCCUCACGUGCAUCUGAUCGGAGAGGAUGCAGCCUGCAUUGCUUACAUCCGCUUGACUCAAUAUAUUGAUAGCCAGGGCCGCCCACGCAGCUGCCAGUCAGAGGAGACGCGUGUGUGGCACCGCCGUGAUUCCAAGUGGCUCAAUGUGCACUUCCACUGCUCGGGAGCACCUGCUGCCCCUUUACAAUGAACUACACCAGGCACAGCUUGCCUGGAUGAUUGGAGCAUGUCUUCUCAGUGGUCGGAUUGGUGCCAGGGGCCCGGCCGGAAGAGAAAACAUAAAGGGGAAAAUAUUACACAACAAAGUAAAAAAAAAAAAUUUUAAAGCCAGCUGAGGCCAGCACCACUUCAGUCCAACCGUAGCUAGACGUGGGGGCCGGUGACGGCAGCGGCCCCGCCCUCCGAAUGCUGCAUGCUUCUGAUGCCCACAGGGGGCGCUGUCUUGUCCUUUACCCAUGAGCCCAUCUCUUCUGCCCGUCGUUCAGCAAGAGUGUUUCAAGUAUUAAUAUGUUGUAAAUUUUUGAGAUUGUCAAUCCUUACACCGUUAACGGGGCUGAAAGUGACGGAGGUUUAAAAUCAGACGUGAAUUUUUAAAGGGAAGCCCACUUUUUCAGUGGCUAGUGGUGUUUUGUUUCUUUACUUUUUUUUUGUCAAUAUGUGUUUAGCUGAUUUCAGCAAAGCAAUGGUAUGGGUGGAAUAUUUGAGGAGCUAAACUAAAUUCUUACUUAUUAUCAGAAAAUAUCACCAAAGUGUAGAAUUUAGAUAUUAAGUUAUUUUAGCAGUCUGUUGAUUUGGGGAGACUAGAUUAUAGGAGCGUAGGAAGGUUUUUAGUAUAUUGUAGGGUUUCUUUUGUGUAACUUUGUGUUUUUAAUCUCCUGAAUGAUGCUGUAUUUGGAAGUUCUUUGUGUUUUCAACGGGGAAAAAAAGCAAGAUUUUCAAAAGCAAGGCACGUUCAAUAUAGUUGUACACUGAUAUUUAUAGGGAGGAAGAAAAGAGCAAGGGUGUUUGUGUGAUACGCGCUCUCACUUGGCACUCAUUGCUUUGUUGUGCGUUAAAAAGCCCUUGUACACACACACACACACACACACACACUCACACGUCGGAACACCUGUGCAUAAACCCCUGACACGUGUUCAGUCUAUUUACUUAACUGCUUGUCUAUUUGCAGCUAUAUCAUGUCCUAGUGGUUAGAACCUGAAGUUUCAGAACACUCUCUUCACUUCAUUAGUGUGUUCCUAAUCUCCUUCUGAACAACAGGCGGAGCUUGAACACUUUUCACCUCAUCCUGCCACUCAGAUCACUUCUUCUCUCUUACACAUUUAGAUCCGCUUCCUAGAGCGCCGGCUACGUGUGCUUCUAUUUUUUCUAGACUCUUAUGAAGCAUGUUUGAAUCGAAUAGAAAUGGCCUGUACUGUUUUGCACAUGAGCCUGAGGCGCUGUGCUGUCAUGUUCCCAUCGCGUGGAUAUUUCUGCAACUUCAGGUUAGAAAAUUCCUCCCCAUGGACAAGUCGUGAGACUCACCCUGACACCAGUCCAUGCGUGCGUGCAUGUGUGUAUGUGUGUGUCUGCACACUGCCUGUGUUGUGCUAUUUGUGACGUACCGUCUGUUCUUCUAGUCCCUGUUCCAUCUCCGGACUCACUGUGAGUGACGCUCGAGCAUGUUUAAUAGAGGAAAGCGAGUGCGGGAUGGAUUACCUGGUGAUCAUGUGACUUUCAGCUCAGACUUGAGAAUGAAGAAAGUGCUCCUGCUAAAGACAGUUGGUUUGUAGGUCCCUUUGUGAUACUUUGUGUUGUAUUGUUCUAAUGUUCGUGUUCUUAGAGUUGGUGUUUAUUCUGGAUCAUAUAUUUUUUAAAAUGUAAAUAUGGACACAGUGCCCAUGUGUAGAUGAAGGCUGGAGCUUAGGCAGUGCCGAAUGUGCACGUCCUCUCCGUCCGUCCGUCCGUCCAUCCAUCCAUCGUCCCUGUAUACACACACCUAGACAUGAUCCUAGAUGCACCCCAUCAUGCACUGGUACAAUGAAUCCUGUUGUAAACGCAAAUCGUCAUGCGUACGUUUGUGUGGUUGUGUUACUGCUCAAACACAGUGUGCUCCUUUUAAAGCAUAUCUGUGUGUGCGUGCGGACGUGUGUGUCUCGGUUUCAAUCAUCUGUGUGACAUUUUUUCACCGUAGUAACAUAGUUUUGUGUAAAUAUCAGUGAAUAAAUGGGGGCAAGGCUUGCAGCUGGACCCCUUCACCUUGUUUAAAGCAGUUCUGACUAUUGUUCACACUUGAGGGGAAAAAAAUAAAUAAAAUCUCCUGUCCUCACUCACACAGAGCUCAGCACACCAGACAGUACACAGCACAGCACUGUGACACCCUCCACUCCAUCACACUGUGUUCCUGUUUUGCGCCCUGGUGCAGUGUCUGUGCAGUUCCAGUGGGGUGAUGUGUUGGGUUUCCGUAGUGUCUGUCCUGAGGCCCAUCGUUUUCCGUCCACACAGCCAUGAGGAAUGUUGGUCAACAACACAACCCGGUUUAUUCAAUAUUUAACCAUGAAAGCAGAAAACCUAUCGACUCGAGGAGAGAAAUGGUUGAUGGUGUUUCAGAUAUAGAAAAAAGAUGCCUGCUAGACAUAUUGUGCAUUUAGCUUGCAGAAGGAAGGUGAGCUUUCAUUUGCUUACUGAAAUAUCUCCAACAGGCUGUUCACGUUUAACAAUCAAACCAUAUAUGCAGUUGGACAGAAGGAGGAAAAUAUGCAUGUCUACUCUGGUAAUAUUUUUCACUGUCUGUGUUUACUUAAAAAUGGAAAAUCUAUCUUAUCUAUCUAUAUGUAUGUUACCUGCAUUCUCAAGAUAAUUGAAAAUGGCUCUGUUUCAAAUGCAAAAAUCAAGUGAUGUAUCACAAACAAAAAAAAAGUUUAACAAAGCCUUAGCUUGGUAUGUUCCCCAGAUUCUACUCAAUUUAUUGCAUUGUAACCAUAUGAUGGUUUUACAUAUGACUAUACUCUGAGUUUUAAUUGGAUGCUGGAUUUUUUUGCAUGAUCAUACAAUUAAUAACACCAUUUAAAAAUACAAAAAAAAGAGUUUAAAAAUAUCAAGUGUUUGUUUGAAUGUCUGUAGAUCUUCAUGAUAGCUUUGUUAUUAUUGAAACAUGGGAAAGUAUUUAAUAAAAACAUUUAAACAUA